AUGGUUGCCAUUUUUGCCUUGAUCUUUUUCAUCUGUACUAUACGUGCUCAUCGUCCUUUAUCCGUUGAACAACAAUCACUCGAACAGGAAUACACUAUAACUAGUGUAUUAAUGCAAUCAGUUGUACUACCAUGUAAAGCUGUAUUACCCCAUAGAGAACCUGACAGGGUUAUGUGGUAUAAAUUAACAAAUCCUGGUCAAACAACGCUUAGUGUUGGCAAACAUUUAAUAACGAAAGAUUCUCGUUUUAGUGUUGCAUAUUAUAGUGUUGAUCAUGGAUUUUCACCGGCCAAAUGGGAUUUACAUAUUGCUAAUGUACGUUUAUCAGAUGCAGCACGUUAUCAAUGUCAUGUUAUAAUAAAAGAUAGUCCAAAUUCUAUUCGAUCAAAUGUGAAACUUAUUGUAGAAGAUAUUAUUGUUGACAUUCAACCAACUGAUGUUCUUUUGUCUCUUGGUGAUUCAACACAAUUUUCAUGUAAUUUCACUGGGGAAUAUCGUGUUCGACGUGAAAAAGUAACUUGGCUUAAAGAUGGUAAACCACUUAUAACAGAUGGAACCCGUGUGACAAUAUCAACUGAAUUACCUAAUGCAACAGUAACUACACUACAGAUAGUUGCUUCUCAAUUGAAUGAUAGUGGUUCAUAUCGUUGUUCAGAUGGACAUAGUGCACAAAGUAAAGAAGCAAAAUUAUAUCUACGAGAUACACAUCAACAAGUAUUUCUUCGUUCAUUUUCAUCAUCUUCUACUUCUUCUCUACUAACAUUAUUAUCAUUUCGAACAGUGUUUUGUUUUUUCAUUUUUCAUUUUUUUCUUUUUAUUCUAUAA